GAAACAGAAAGUGAAAGCUUGACUGGACCGGUUCCCAGUUGAACCGGACGGUCUGUUCUGGUAGAAAAAGACUUUUUUAACCUUUGCCCUAGUUGUAUCGCGCUCUCCUAAAAUCAGAGCAGAGAGUUGAAAUGGCGGGAAGUUGAAAAAGUAUUUAGAAUUGAGAGAAAGAAAGCGCGGUUAGUUGUUCAGUGAAAAUGGGAUCUGAAGCUGCUAUGGCUCCGGAAUGGGCAUCGGAGGCUUGCAUAAUGGGAAUCGACGAAGCUGGAAGAGGUCCUGUUCUUGGUCCUAUGGUCUAUGGUUGUUUAUACUGUCCUCGCUCCUACCAAAAAACCCUUUCUACUUUGAGUUUCGCAGAUUCUAAGACACUGAAAGAAGAGAAGAGGGAAGAAUUGUUUGAAAUUUUGAAAGCCAAUGAUUCUAUUGGAUGGGCUGUUGAUGUCAUUGACCCAAAGGAACUCUCGUCCAAAAUGCUCAAGAAGAAUAAGAUAAACUUGAAUGAGAUAUCACACGACUCUGCCAUGGGUCUCGUUGAUAGGGUGCUCAAAAUGGGAGUGCUUCUAACUGAGGUUUAUAUUGAUACAGUUGGAGAUCCAGGGAAAUAUGAAGCGAAGCUGUCUAAAAAUUUUCCAUCUAUCAAAUUUGUGGUUGCAAAGAAGGCUGAUAGUCUUUAUCCUGUUGUCAGUGGUGCAAGUAUAGUUGCAAAGGUCACAAGAGAUCGAGCUAUAAGAGAUUGGGUGCUUGAUGAGUCUGCUGAUAACAUUCACAGGAAGUUUGGCUCUGGCUAUCCUGGAGAUCCUGCAACCAAGUCUUGGCUAGAAGAUCACAAACAUUCUAUCUUUGGUUUUCCAACAUUGGUCAGGUUUAGUUGGGGAACUUGCAGCUCUUAUUUUAAAGGUGGCACUGAAGUCUUAUGGGAGUCUGACUUGGAUGAAGAUGGUGGCAGCAAUAAUAAUAAUGGCAAGAGGCAAUUGAAAUUAAACAAUUUGGGUUUCACCACAUCCAAGAGAAGAACCGAAGAAAUAGAAUCAAGUGGUAAAGGGCGUUCUAGGUUUUUUCAGGCUCGGAAACUUGAGCACCUCACUCAUUUCUAAAAAUGAUGCCUGAUUGUUGUCUUUGCAUUAUCAAAGUAAUUUAUAGCUAUUUGAAAUUUUAGAAUAUUGGAGAGCAUUUUGUGUACAUACAUAUGCUUUGUAUGAUGAUUCUCUCGCACCCAGUCUAACUAGAUGUGUACUAGUGUUGAGUUAAUUUAAUUAGUUUGAUUGAUAUAUGUUGAAUUUUAAUCCA